GACACGUUGACCUACAGGCGACAGGUUUUUGGUACUGCUCACAGGCCACAUCCCUAUGCUGGAAUCCUUGGCGUUUUGGUCCUGCCGACAUCUGAGGUGCACUUCAUCGAUCCCUCUUUGAACCUCUCCUUCGUGAGGUUGGCAGGAAGACUGCUGGAGAGGCGGCGGUGAAGAGAGGGUUCUGUUUCCUUCUGCUGCGUGAGCCAAGCAAACUGCCGCAGCUGGUGCUGGUGCUGCUGCUGCUGCUGCUGCUGCUGCUGCUGCUGCUGCCACACGUUGGCUUGUGAGUUGGGAAGGAUGGCUACUGCCGCUGCUGCUGUUGGCUCUACCACAACCUCCACAACAGAGCAGGGAAGGCGAGGGACCAAGAGGAGGAGACGAAGCAGCAGAAGCAGCAGUAGCAGCAGCAGCAGCGGGGUCUAUGGCUCGUUGCGGCUGUUCGUCGCGGGCUUCUUGUUGUUGGGGGGCAGGAGGGGGGACGAGGGCGACUGGGGAGGGCUGCUGCUUGCCGUAACGGGCCAGGAGUACAUCGACGGCGGGGACGUGAGCAUGGCAUGCGACGAGUGCGACUGCAGGGGAAGCUCGGACUCUGGUACCAUCGUCGUGUUCGAGAAUCCAGCGACAGAAUCCCUGGUCGCGAAGGUCGAGGGGGAGUACUCCGAGGUGGUGGAAACGAGCUGCGGGAGCUCGGCGAUCUUGGUGGGGAGCACGGUCUACGAGCUCAGCGGCGUUGACUUCGGGGGCAGGAGUCUCGGGGUAGCGGACCUCUCGGCCGAUGACUGCGCGGGGGACGGAGUUAUCCCGACCGCGCCCUCCGACGCGGAUUGCUACAGCGGAGAGUCCCCCAUAGACGUGGAAGGCAGCACGGGUGCGGAGCUGACCUUCUGCCACUGCAAAUGGAACGAGGGCGAGAACGUCGCCAAAUACGCGACGAACGUUAGGGCAUCCGUCAAGGACUACGUUGACAUCUCGGUUCCGGACAGCGGGCUCGUGAUGUGCCAGGAUCAGGGAGUAUUUUCCCAGCUGGUGACCGUCUUGGCGGAUGACUCGUCGUUUUACUACCUCUUCGACCUCGACGUUCCCGGUUACGAGAGCGCGGAAGACCUUGUCGUGUCUUCUGGCCCUUCUAGCGACGCUCAGGCGCUCGCCUGCUCAGUAGACGAGGAAGGGGAUGAUGAUGAUGAUGGGGAGGAGGAGGAGGAGGAGGAGGAGGAGGAAGUGGAGACCCCUUCGCCGACGACGGCCGUGGAGGAAGAGCCGCAGACGACGCCUGCGCCGGUGACGCCCGAGGAAGCGGUGGAGGAAGUCCCGGUAACAACCCCCGCCCCGUCGUUGCAGCCCGACUCCAGCACGGCCGGCCAGGGCGCCACCUCUUCGAGCACCACCGCCGCCCCGGUCGAGGUCGAUACCCCGGCACCCACGCCCGCCUCUCGUGGAUUAGGAACUCCCGCGCCUUCGUCGGCGGCAGUCGAUGCUCCUCCCGCGCCGACCCAGGCUCCCGUAGCCGCCGCUGUCCCCACGCUGCCCCCCGCUCCAGCCACCGCGGCUCCUGCUGCCGCUGCGGCUGCCACCGCGGCCCCUGCUGCCGCUGCGGCUGCCACUCUGCCUCCGACUCCUCCCGCUGUUACCCCCGGCCCGACGGUCGUCCUCUACUCAGAGACGCUAGCGCCCUUGACCGAAGAGGAGCUCGAACAGGUCGCCUGCACCUGGCCUCUCGACGGCCCGUGCACCACUGAGACUCUGUUUUCCGACAUCAACCGGGGCUUGGGGGCGUACUAUGACCCGGGCUGUUCCGGCGCCGGCUGUGGAGUAGGCGACUCGGGUUUGUGCCGCACCUGCUACUUCAACCUAACCAUGGGCGAGGAGGGCAACGACGAUGACGUUGACAUGCCGGACUACCCCGAGUGCCCCUGCUGCGUGAUGGAUGAGUACGACAGGAGCGCCGACCGAUGCGUGGGAGCGACCCCAUCUCCGGCUCAGGGAACGGGCACAGAGGCUCUAGAAACGUACAGCUUCGAGGACAAGCCCCUGGACAUGUCGGGCGGGGAGGGGUUCGCCGUCGCGGCGUUGGCCCUCUUCGGCUUGCUGACCUUCUUGCCGCUCUGCACCAAGUGAAGGACAAGAAACAAAGAAAACUCACACAUUUUUUUUUUUUCUUGCGAAAACCCUGCAACGAAUAUUUCACCCCUCUUCCACUACAAAGAAAGAAGAGUCAGUCCGGGAUGUAUGACUACAUGACUAUUAGCAAUGAAUUCAUAGCGUCGCAGAUGACCAACGUUCUAUUCUUUUUUCUAUGUACUUUUGCCUGUUCCAUGGCACCAUGUACCUCAUCUCUGUUGUUGUCUACCACCACGUGUAGCUUAUAUGCGACGUGUACUCAUGGUUGUGUUCUUGGCACAUGUAGAUCCAUUCUGUGGCUCGUCAUGUUUUUCCUCUUGUGAGUGUGUGCGUGCUUUUUACAUGUGUGCGUGUUUUUGCGUGUGCGCUCGUUUUUGUGGCGUGUGCCUUCCGCUUUUUUUUUACCUUUGCUGUGGACACGUUGCUGGUUGGCGCCUCUGACUUGUCGGGAGCACCUACCUUCGGACGGACAUGUUGCGGAUGGUGACCUUUGUGCCUGCUACGUCGUGUGUGUGUGUGUCCGCGCUGUUGACGCUGGUUGCCUCAACAAGAGGUGUCCUUUCGUUUCUUCUUAUUUCUUCUCCUUACGUUCCUUUUCUGUGUUCAAGGGGGACGGCGUGUGUGUGAUUGCGUGCACAAAAACAUGCGCGAGCUGUUACGGACCCCAUUUUUUCGGUUGCGCGCGCGCGCGGUUGUUGCGCCCGGGCGCACGUCCGUGUCGUUCGCAUUGCGCGGUGGUAUGUAUUCUGCCGCUUUUGGUGGUUUGAACGUCUGACUGGUGUUUGGGGUAGAGUCUGUUCGUGCUGCCUUUUUUUUCUUUCUUUUUGUUUUUGUGGUUCCUCCUCUCUCUGGCGCUUUUUCGCCCGGAGAGAUGAGACGUCGGCGGGCAGCGGUCUGAGGGAAAAAGUUGCUUGGCCGUAUUCCUUGUUUUGGGGGCCUCUCUUUGUAUUGCUACGUUAAUUUUUAUAUUUGGUGCCUCGUUAUGUCGCAUUUCAUGCCAGGCGACGAGAGGCUGGUGAUACGAUCACUUACUACUCGUUCACGCGGAUGUUAGAUAGAUGUGUUUUUUUGUUUUUUUUUCCUCAGGAGGGGUGAUGCCGCGCGUGGGCAAGGGCUUGAGACCCUUCUCCCUGUAGUCUACGAUCGAUCUUGGUUUCUCCACGAUUGAUUUGGCGUUGCAUCGGUGUCUGUUGUAGACCGCCGUGUCGACGAACACGCCGGAUUGCCACGGCGUUUACGGAGCACCUUGUUGGGCUUCGUCUCUUCUCUCUUUUGCCUCUUUGCUCUUGCCCUUCGCGUCCGGUGCAGUAGGUAGGGUUCGUCUUCACCCGACCGUUUCGGGAUGACGGCAUGCGCGCGUGCACGUGCGUGCCCGUGUUAUUUUUCUAGCUCCGAAGGGGGUGAGGGCGGGAGGGUUUUAUUUUUAAGCUUGCCCAGACAUUCCAUGUAUCAUUCGGGAUAAUAAUCUCAUGUGUGUUAAGGUGUGCCCUACAUCCCGGCUAUACCCCGCCCCGGGCGGUAUUUCUUCCGCACGAAGGCGGUAGUUUUUUAUCCGCAUGCGUAGUCAGCCACUUUAGUCCAGUGUCUUUUCAUUGGCCCUCCGGUACGUCCUCCGUGUUCUUGCGUACUUUCUUCUGCACGUAUGCAUAUGAAGAAGCAACAAUCUUUUCCUCUAUGGUGGUGGUACCCUAUCUGCGUAGUAACUUGUGCGCCACCGGCGGGUGGGUGCACUUUUUAUCCUUGGGUAUUCAUGGCAUUUUUUUCUCUCGUUUGUCAAGUUUUCUGUAUUUAUUUUUUUUGCCCGAAUGGGCCCGAAUUUGUGGGUGGAUGGAUGGAGAAGAAGCAGGGGUGCUUGUUCAUUAUAACCUCGUGGGCGAGUGUCGCGCUGUAAUGCUGUCGCCCCCGAGGUGCUCAGGAUGGGGCGAAGGCGGGGGACGUUGUCUGGAGAUGUUGGGUCAGCGUGACAGAUAAACUUCACAUUUGUUGACACUGCUGUGUCCGCAAGAAGUGUGUACGUCUCUCAGUGUUACACUGCCGCUGUGCCCGAAGUAGUAGUGUGUACCUCUCACCUCUGUGCUGCGCACGCGGGUUGGCAUGGAUGGAAUGGGAUGGGUGCUCUUCUUUCUUCUUGUCGUUUUUCUGCAGGCUCGGCUUUACAUAUAUAUAUAUAUAUAUUUAUUUACGUGCGUAGAGAGCGUUCAACAACGGAUACUACUAGAUUCCCCCCGUGAGAUAUAGAUGCAUGCAACGAACGCCUGGUGGUCCUCCUCGUUUCUAUGAGACGCCCACGUUUGGUUUGGAUUUUCCACGUUAUUGACGGUUGGCGUGCUACCGUAGUGUGCGUGUGUAGCGAAUGCUUUGGUUAGCGGUGUUGCCUUGGACACGACGACGUCGUAAAGUCUCCCUCCUGCCCACAACAUUAAUUUUUGUGGGCCAGAAGAUAGAUGCUGGGUACACCCGGGGGCGAAAAAGUACCACCAAUAAACCGGCAUCUUACAUUGUAUGAGUCUCCUAUUUAGUCUACUAC